ACACAGAGCUCUGUGUAUUCAGAAGGAAGUUGGCAGGGUUAUGUUCGGGCAGAGAAACUCCGAGUGGUACAAAGGGACGUGCUCAGAGUGGAGAAAUCAUGCUAAUUGUCUGCACCAGAGCUGGAGAACGCUACCCAAAAUGAAGAGAGAAAGGGGAGCCCUGUCCAGAGCCUCCAGGGCCCUGAACCUCACUCCUUUUGUCUACCUGCUUCUGAUCCAGCCAGACCCCCUAGAGGGGGUGAACAUCACCAGCCCAGUGCGUUUGAUCCAUGGCACUGUGGGGAAGUCGGCCCUACUUUCUGUGCAGUACAGCAGCACCAGCAGCGACAAACCUGUAGUGAAGUGGCAGCUGAAGCGGGACAAGCCAGUGACUGUGGUGCAGUCCAUUGGCACAGAGGUCAUCGGCAACCUGCGGGCUGACUACCGAGACCGUAUCCGGCUCUUCGAAAAUGGUUCCCUGCUUCUCAGUGAUCUGCAGCUGGCCGAUGAAGGCACCUAUGAGGUGGAGAUCUCCAUCACUGACGACACCUUCACCGGAGAGAAGACCAUCAACCUCACAGUGGAUGUGCCCAUUUCAAGGCCACAGGUGUUAGUGGCUUCAACCACAGUGCUGGAGCUCAGCGAGGCCUUCACCCUGAACUGCUCCCAUGAGAAUGGCACCAAGCCCAGCUACACCUGGCUGAAGGAUGGCAAGCCCCUCAUCAAUGACUCGAGAAUGCUCCUGUCCCCCGACCAAAAGGUGCUCACCAUCACCCGCGUGCUCAUGGAGGAUGAUGACCUGUACAGCUGCGUGGUGGAGAACCCCAUCAGCCAGGUCCGCAGCUUGCCCAUCAAGAUCACCGUGUACAGAAGAAGCUCCCUCUACAUCAUCUUGUCGACAGGUGGUAUCUUCCUCCUUGUGACAUUGGUGACAGUCUGUGCCUGCUGGAAACCCUCCAAGAAGUCUAGGAAGAAGAGGAAGCUGGAGAAGCAAAACUCCCUAGAAUUCAUGGAUCAGAAUGACGACCGUGUGAAACCAGAAGGUGAGCUUCCAGCCACCUACAGACCCAGCCCAUCGGCCCUCAGAUCAGUGGGCUGCUGGGAAAAGGCAGGAGUGGGUGAGGAAGAAGCCAACUCUGCAGGGCCCCUUCCUCCACCAGCUGCUCAAAGACUGCAGAGCAGGGAGAAAUGCAGCCAAGCAGACACACUCCCACGAAGCGGAGAACAGGACCGGAAGAACCCCAUGGCGCUCUAUGUCCUGAAGGAAAAGGACUCCCCGGAGUCUGAGGAGAACCCCGUUCCGGAGCCUCCUCGGAGCGCAUCGGAGACUGGCCCUCCCAGCUACUCCGUGUCGCCGCCCAUGCCGGGCCGCUCCCCAGGGCUGCCCAUCCGCUCCGCCCGCCGCUACCCGCGCUCCCCGGUGCGCUCCCCGGCCACUGCCCGGAGGCACUCGUCGCCGCCACGGGCUCCCAGCUCGCCAGGCCGCUCGCGCAGCGCCUCGCGAACACUGCGAACUGGGGGUGUGCACAUAAUCCGUGAGCAAGACGAGGCUGGCUCGGUAGAGAUCAGCGCCUGAGCCCCCCGAGGGAUCCCCACCCACCCGGGGAUCCCCACCCACCCAACACCUGGCACCCACUUCUGGGGCUGGCGGCCCGAAGGGUCAGGAAGUCAGGGUGCUGCCAGAGAGGGGUAAGGGGGGGGUCAAGGCUGGGACGCAGGUGACUGGGGUGCAGAUGUGUGUAAGCAUGAGCAGAUGGGCGGGGGGCGUCGCCACAGCGAGGCAGAGAUUUGAUCUGGUGGUGGAACCAGGUUACCUUUGCUCUGGGUUUACUGGCUAUGUUCUCAGUGGGCCUAGGUUGUGCCCCCUUAGGACCAUAUAGAUUAUGACAUUUCCAGCUCAGUCUCUAAAAGGAUCUUAUGGAAACUAACAUCAGUAACCUAACCCCCUGACUCUCCUGUGCUCUUCCUAGGGAGCCCUUAUGCUUCCCACCCACUUUCUUUUCACCCCAACCAAGCCUGAUUCUGGUGCAUCCCACUCCAUACACACCAUAUGAAAGAGACCACUUGUCCAAAAUGUACAACUAUACUUCACUAAGGAGAAGCCAGUCAGGCAGAGGUUACAGGCUUACAGAGGCUCUGCUGAGCUCCAAGGAACCUUUGUGAAGGCAGCAGCUCAGAGCACCUCCUUGGGGACACUGGGUCCUGGGUCUUACAAGGUGAUGUGGGAGGAGCCCAAGCAUGUUCCUUUGCCCCCAGACCAGGGCCCUGACAAUGCAAACCCCUCAAGUCUCCGCUGUGCUUGGCCUUUUCCCAAAGCCUCCCUUGGUGGCCAUGUCCCGUGUCCUGUCUGCAUCAUGCCAUGCCAAGCAUUCUUUGUCUCCCUUCAUGAAAAGAAGAGGUGAGUGGGCUUCCUUUCUUAGAGAAGUGUGUGCACACUCACUCCCUUCACCCAGAAAGCUAGAUCAAAUGGGGAACUGUUCUUGAGCCUCACACUUGCACCUCCUGCCCUACAAAACAAGCCUUUCAAACAAUCGCUAUCCCGGAGACAGUUGUAGAGCUUCCUCCAGCUGUAAGAGAGUAAGAUUCUAAUCUUCAGAGAAAUGAUGGGGGAGGAGGAGGCUUACUGCUCCCCAGUGUGUCAGGGUAAUAACAUCCAGCAGCCCUCCACACACACACACACACACACACACACACACACACACACACACCUGCCUUGUUCCCAGACUCUCACACCCUAGGCCACUGGACAGGGCAGACUCCCUAAUCAUACUAAUACCGAAUACCGAGAGGCUGGGCUGUGCUCUAGCCACCACCUCUUUGAACACUUUGGAGGAGGAAAGAGGACAGUUAAACGGCUGUUAGAGAAGGAGGCCCUGGGUGUUUCACUUCAACCUCCCUAAUGCCCCCAGAGGCUCUCAUCUGCCCGUUCCCUCAACUCCUAACCUGCAGUUCUGACUCUCCACCAUCCCAGGAGCAACUCCCAAGGCCCCAGGAUCCACCACCUCCACACAGGGGCACAAAGAUUUCUGAUUUGUCGCCCCUGUCCUCAGUGCCACAGUAUUCCUCUCACUCUGUCCCUGUGCACUUCAGUAGGCCCACGUGAGCAGUGUGUUUUUGCAGCUCCUCUAGGCAGCCUGAACUGCUUCCUUAGCCUUCCGGGGUGAAGCACCCAUCCUAGAUAAUGCAUGGAGGGGAAAGCUGCUCAGGCCAGUGUGAGCGAUAGAUGCCAGACUUGAAGAAGGGGUGCCUGCUGGUCAGCCUGAGACACAGUAGAGGAGAUGAGAGCAUGCCACACCCUGGUGCUGAAUCCCUGAGAGCCAUCUUCCCAGGCUCAAGCCAAAUCUGCCUUACACUAGGGGGUGGAGAAUAAGGGCAUGGGGUUUUGUUUUUGUUUUGAUCUUCAUCUUUGUAUCACUAGCAUCUAGCAAAGUGUGUAGCACAUACUGGAUGCUCAAUAAAGUUUUGAUGAAAUGACAA